AUGAAAUAAGAAAAUAAAAAAAGCAAAUAACAACAAUAAUACUAAGAUCUAUUUCUUAAUAAAUAGAUUAUUUAAUAAUGUUAAAAAACUCUUGGUAAUACUUGAUUAUCUUAAUUUAGAAAUAACUUAAUUAGAACAAUAAGAAUUAACAAAAGUGUUUUCUCUAGUUUCUGAAAAAAUAAAUUAAGUUAGUUAAAAAACAUACACAUUUAAAAAAGAAGAAAGAUUAUUAAGAAUAGAUAAUGAUGAUUGGGAAUAUUUGAUAAAAUAAAAAACUAAAAUUCUCUAAAGACUUUCUUCUUUAAUAGAUUUAAUCAACGUCAAAGAUCACUCAUUCGAUAUGAAUAUCACUAAAAAUCCAAUAUACAACAAACUUCAAUUUUUGAAUCCAAAAAAAAAAUAAUUUGGAGUAGAUCUUUUGUAGAUAUUACAGAACGAUGAAACAUUAAUUAUAAAGCUUAAAAUGUUGAUAUUAGAAAUUGAAGAUGAAAUAAAAGAGCUCAAAUAAUCUGGUUCAUUUUGGAAUUGUAUUCGUUGCAAUACAAUUCUUAAAGAGGGAUUCAAUGAGGAAGUAUAACAAUUUAAUAGUUUAGACAUGUAUAUUUCAUUCUGGCAAACUUAAAUAUUUUUCUUGUAAAACUUGUGGAGGAGAUGAAUAUUUCACUUGUUGUAAUUAAUGUAGAGAUUGUAAUUAAGGAUGUAAAAAAGGAUUACAUAAAAAAUGA